AUGUCUUUAGUUAAGCUGGCCCACACCUGUGCGCACUUACAGAAUUGCACUAGAGUGAGACUGUCAUUAACUUCUAUCCCAUAUACGAAGUUACAACUACAGUUCGCUUACAAUCUUUACAAGCAAGGGUUUAUAUCUUCUUUACAGAAGGGUUCGACGAAGGGCCCAGACGAAGAUUAUGUAGAGGUCACCCCCGACAAUAUCUCCACCAGAAGAUUAUGGCUAGGAUUGAAAUACAGAGAGAACAAACCUAUCCUUAAUAAAUUACAACUCAUAUCUAAACCUAGUGUGAGAAUUGUUCUAGGGAAUGAGGAUCUUAAGAAAAUAUGUUCGGGUACUAUUGUAAGAAAUAUUAAACCGUUGCAACCAGGUGAAUUGAUCCUGGUACGUCAUAAUGAUGAAAUUAUGGAUAUAAAUGAUGCUGUAUUUAAGAAAUUAGAUGGUGAAGUCCUAUGCAGAAUAAAUUAA